AUGAAAGAUACUUUCGCACUGUCACCAGAUAACCUCAAAGAUAUACGCAUAGAUGAUAUGGAUGCACCUCCAAAAUUGAAAACAUUCAAAUCACAUUCUAUACCGGUAUCGAAAACGUUUCCACAACGUCGUGAAAGCAAAGUUGAGAUGUUUAAAAAAUCAAUUAAAAAAAGUUUCAAAGGAAGUUUGAAGAGACUCGAGUCAUAUGCGGGUAGGGUGGCGAAACCAGCGAAUCACUACAUCAGAUGGAAUCUGUUGUUCACAUUCCUAAUAUUUUUCUUUAUUUCAUCGUCGAUAUGGAUUCCAGCAAUUCCUGCGCUUAACGAUUUCGCCUUAGAAAUUGUUGUCAUAACUUGUUCGAUUCUGCACAUUCUCUGGAUCAUCGCCGUUUUUAAUGCGCUGAGGUAUACAUGGCGUCUUAGACGUUACGCCUCUCAUAAAAUUGAUCUUAACAAGGUUCAUAAUCCGGAAAAAAUCCAAGUGAAACAUUUGGUGGGGAUUUGUAUCUACAAGGAACCGCUGCAACUAAUUAUGGAUACUGUGGAUAGCAUUGCCUCACAGCCGGAUGCCAAAUUGAAAAUCACUUGUCUCGUCGGGAUGGAAGGAGGAACUCCUGAAAAGGAAGAGAAGAAACGACUUCUCCACGAAAAAUACGAUUCGAAGUUCGAUCGCUUCAUAGUUACUUUCCAUCCGAAAGGUCUGGCUGGAGAUAUACCCGGAAAAUGCUCGAAUUUUAACUAUGCUUGCCGUCAAGCUGUUAAACAACUAAGACUAGACAAGGACUACCCUCUGGAUAAGGCCGACCAUAAAGUGGAGCUCCUCGUGACAACUGGUGAUUGUGAUUCGAUUUUUGGUGAAAGAUACUUCGAUGCAAUGGAAGAGGACUACUGGAAACUCACUGCUGAGCAACGACUUUCUACUAUUUGGCAGUCUCCGCUUUUCUACUGUAUUAAUCUGGACAAGUCCCCGUUUUUUGUGAGAGUUACUGGUUUGCUGAGAGCUUUCUUCAUGAUAGGCUAUCUGAUCCCAUGGAAUAUCAACACAAUGAGCAUUUUUUCCCUAAGUCUAACGUUGCUUGAGGCUGGAGAAUACACACAUCCAGGAUAUCAGAUGGACGACAUUAUUGCAUUAAUUAGAUGGUCAUUAUCAGUUAGACGAAAAUGUAUAAUCCGUGCAAUUCCGGUAGCUACCCUUAGUGGUCCAACAAGUGGUAAAAAUUACAUUGAUGAAUGGUAUGAAUGGGCUCGACAGAUUCGUAGAUGGACAAUUGGUGCAGCCGAGGUGUUCCACUACUUUGUUAUAAAAUUCUUCCGACUUCCGGCUAUGGUUUCAUUUUCGUUUGCCGCAAAAUUUGUUUUCUACUAUGGUUUCCUCCUAUGCAUAGCUUCGGUGUACACGAUAGUAGCACCGCUUGUUACGCCUGCUAUGCUGAGUGCUGUUAACCAUGGUGUUUGGGGUUUGGUGAUCCCGUCUCAAAAUGUAUUUACAUGGAUUAUGCUUGGAUUUCUUGGACUACAGUACAUUUGGUUCUUCUUUGUGUUCUUGGUGAACUAUUUAUGUGAGCCUGUUUUCCCAGCCGGAACAAAAGAUAAAACUGGAUUUAUUCGUAAUGUAUUCCAUCUAAUAAUGGCAUGGCCAACAAUAACAAUGUACUGUAUAGUGGAAUUGGUAGCAUUCCUGGAGGUGACUGUACGGGGAAAAUCCGUUUGCUCUCAUAACGCUUCCAAGAAGGAUAAUCUGGUUGCACCGGUCAGUACUGUACCUGACCGGAUGGAGGUGUAA